AGCGCUCCAAAAAAAAAGAAUAACAUUUAACUCCGGGUAAGUGCCUCCCCUGGGGCUGUAUUGUAAUAAGAUAGUCCAAAAUAGUUCGUGGAAUACAUCUCGAUGUAUUGAAUCGCAUUGCGAAAACAAGCUACUUCUUCGCAUUGCGCGUCAUGCGAGAGUAUUCAAACCGGACUCGGUGUACUGCCUUUUCUGUUACAUUAGUAAUAACAGCAGCAUUGACUGGAGACAGCAGGAGUGCAAGACAACGCUUGUAUGAGUGCAGCGCCAACGGAGGAAUAUUUGAGUUUUUAUUUACUCUACGGCUUGUUGUUCAUUUUUUCUGAUUUAUGGUUACUUGUACAGUCACGUGUGAAGAUUUCUUGAAGCUGAACGUACACCAACUUCUUCUCACGUGGUGGCUCUUGUUUUCCUGGAGGAAAUAAACCUGCGUUUUGACAUCUCUGGACUGGAUUCCUUCCCCUCCUGAGACAGACGGACAACAACCACACGUUUUCACCCUCGGGGAUGAAUUAUGCAACGGAUGUAAGAAGGGCCGCCACGUUCUGAAGUCCAAAGUGGUUUUAAGUCAUGAUGCAGGAGUCGGCCACAGAGACAAUAAGCAACAGUUCAAUGAGUCAAAAUGGAAUGAGCAGCCUGAGCAGCCUAUGCAGCCAAUUAGAUGCUGGCAGUAGAGAUGGAAGAUCAAGCGGUGACACAAGCAGCGAAGUAAGCACAGUCGGGCUGCUGCAUCUCCAACAACAGCAGGCCCUACAAGCAGCGAGACAAUUACUCUUACAACAGCCAGGCAGUGGCCUGAAAUCUCCAAAGAACAACGACAAACAGCGUCCACUGCAGGUGCCAGUGUCGGUGGCCAUGAUGAGUCCCCAGGUGAUCACCCCCCAGCAGAUGCAGCAGAUCCUCCAGCAACAGGUCCUAUCCCCUCAGCAGCUCCAGGCCCUGCUCCAACAGCAGCAGGCUGUGAUGCUGCAGCAGUACUGUGCGAGGCCAUUUAAAGUCCAUAUGGAGAAGACAUGGCGGGAGAGCGAGACUACACAACAUCUGCAGGAGUUUUAUAAGAAACAACAGGAGCAGCUACACCUACAGCUUUUACAACAGCAGCACCCUGGAAAGCAAGCAAAAGAGCAACAGCAGCAGCAGCAGCAGCAUCAGCAGCAGCUCGCCACCCAGCAGCUCGUCUUCCGGCAGCAACUCCUCCAGAUGCAACAGCUCCAGCAGCAGCAGCACCUGCUCAACAUGCAGCGCCAGGGCCUGCUCUCCCUGCCCCCAGCCCCAGGACAGGCAGCCCUCCCCGGGCAGACCAUGCCACCAGCUGGACUGAGCCCAGCGGAUCUCCAACAGUUGUGGAAGGACGUAACCGGCGGCCACAACAUGGAGGACAACGACAUCAAACACAGCGUCGGCGUCGGCGGCCUGGACCUGACCACUACCAACUCUUCCUCGACUACCUCCUCUACCCCUUCCAAAGCGUCACCUCCCAUCUCCCACCACUCCAUCGCCAACGGCCAGUCUCCCGCACUCAAUUCCAGAAGGGAGAGGGAGCGAGAGAGGGAACGGGAACGGGAGAGGUACGGAAACUCAUUACACGAGGAAAGCGGAGCCUCCCACUCCCUCUAUGGUCACGGGGUGUGCAAGUGGCCCGGCUGCGAGAGCGUCUGUGAGGACUUCGGACAGUUUUUGAAGCACCUUAACACUGAGCACGCUCUAGACGACAGGAGCACGGCCCAGUGUCGAGUCCAGAUGCAGGUGGUACAGCAGCUAGAGAUACAGCUUUCUAAAGAACGUGAACAUCUUCAGGCGAUGAUGGCCCACUUGCACAUGCGGCCCUCGGAGCCCAAGCCAUCUCCAAAACCUCUGAACUUGGUAUCGAGCGUCACCAUGUCGAAGAACCUGCCGUCGGUUUCCCCUCCGAACGUACCUCAGACCCCCACCACGCCCAGCGCCCCCGUGACGCCCAUGUCCCAGGUGCCCCAGGUGCCCUCCCUGCUCAGCGCCGCCAACGUCCCCAGCAUGGGCGCCAUGCGCAGACGUCACUCCGACAAGUACUCCAUGCAACUGUCUUCAGGUGGUGACACAGUAUUUAUUUUUCCAGAGAUCGCCCCAAACUAUGAGUUUUAUAAGAAUGCCGAUGUCAGACCGCCAUUUACUUAUGCAACCCUCAUAAGGCAGGGUAUCAUGGAGUCGGGCGACAUGCAGUUAACUCUUAAUGAAAUCUACAGCUGGUUCACGCGCACGUUCGCUUACUUCAGACGCAACGCAGCUACUUGGAAGAACGCCGUUCGCCACAACCUCAGUCUGCACAAGUGCUUUGUGCGCGUGGAGAACGUGAAGGGGGCCGUGUGGACGGUGGAUGAGAUGGAGUACCAGAAACGCAGGUCUCAGAAGAUAACAGGGUGUAGAAGCCCGACGCUUGUGAAGAACCUUCCCUCCAGCCUGGGCUAUGGAGCUGCUUUAAACGCCAGCUUACAGGCGGCGCUGGCUGAGACCUCCCUGCCUCUGCUGGGGAACCCUGGUCUGAUGAACAGCAGUUCGUCUGGUUUAAUGGGAGGCAGUCCUCAUGGUCUAAUGGGCGGGAGCCCCCCUGGUAUGCUGGGCGGUAGCCCCCAUGGAUUGAUGGGUGGUAGCCCACAUGGAUUCAUGGGCGGGAGCCCCCAUGGGUUGAUGGGCGGCAGCCCCCCAGGAAUGAUGGGUAGCAGCCCCCCCAGCCUGCUCCAGUCCAGUCACGACGACUUGAACGGAUCACUGGAUCACCUGGACACCAACGGCCACAGCAGCCCUGGAGGAUACUCCCCACAGGCACACAUGUCAGCGAUCCACGUCAAGGAGGAGCCGUUGAACAUGGACGACAAUGACUGUCCGAUGUCGCUGGUGACGACAGCCAACCACAGCCCAGAGCUGGACGACGACCGGGAGCUGGAGGAGGGCAACCUAUCAGAUGACCUGGAGUGACUACUGGAGUCCCUCCCACUACUACAGGCCCCUCCCUCCACCUCCGUCACACUGUCCUCCUACCUGUUUCCUCACAGGCUGCCCUCCUAGAACCUGCUAGAACCAGAACCACUCCUCACCCAGAACCAAACAGAUGAGACCACAGCUGACUCUCCUCCUUCCCGACCCGCGGACUGGAGUAUUUAUUGAGCAUGCAUCCGGAAGACGAGGCCCGAAGGAACUCUUUGUUGCAGCCCUUUGGGAUCCCUGACUGAACAUGACAGGCAUGAGAUGUCUGGUUUUUAAAACGACUUUCAGACCUGUUAAAUUAAGAUGGCUUGGCCACUACAUACACACCGACAAACACAGAGGCUCAUGGACGGAAAACGACAAAAACACGAGUCGAGAAACCCGUUCUGUAGAAAGCUAACGGCCUCUUAUAUACUGCCAAAAAAAUAUGUUGAAUUUUGUGAAUAUCAAAAGCCCUCACAGUAGUUGUUGAUGUUAAAAACAAUUGCUGGUUCAAUUCAAACGUUGUUGCUCUGUCCAUCAUUUGCACAGGAGUAGUAUCAGAAAUUAGUGUCACUGCCUGUAUGUUGCUAAAAAAAAAAAAAAAAAAAAAAAAAAAAAAAAAAUAUUUUCUUUUCUUUUAGCGUUCUACUUUUUGUAUUUUGAUUUCUGGCACCACCAACUGUAAAUGCCAUUUCCUGUUUCCCAACAGUAACAGAAGCACGGUAUCAAGACUGUUGCAGCUGUCAAAAAAGUAGGCUUCCAGUCUGUAUCUGUUUGUGAUGAAAAGUAAUUAACGUGACAUUAAGUUUGAAUAACUUAACUGUUUGUGUAAGCACCAACCAAUACGGGGGAAAAAAUGCAUUUCUGCAUAUUCUUCUGCUGUUCUCUUUUACCUCCUUGUUCUAAAGCUUUGUCUACCUGCAAACAGUCACAGGCAACAGCUAGAAACCAAAGCCAACACUAUCAAUGGCCAAUAGCUUAGACAGAAGCCACCAGACUCUUUGGUCAGCCUUCUGUGACUUUAACUAGUACAAAGAGACGCUUUCCACAAACUACCUUCGAAGUAACCUCUGGGAUCGUUUCAUUUAGCCCUGUACAAAGAUGAUUCAAGAACAAAAAAUAAAAGAUUUUGAUGUGUAAUUUGAUAACUCGUAGUGUCCACUUGGGUUUUAGGGCGAGAGAGCAGUAUCUCCCGGGACCAGAGAGAGGAGAGGAGAUGUGAUAUGUAACUACAAGCUAUGUGAUAGGGACUGGUAGAUAAGCAGCUGUACUGCAAACGUGGAUCAUGACCAAAACAAACAUUUGUGUGUUCAAUGGAAGUGCAGAAAAUUGUGUUGUUGUGAAGAUUGUUUUUGGGGGAUUUUCCGUCAACCAUCAGGUCAUAGUUUUUUCGAAUCGAGUGAAUAUGUCAUGUUCAGUGGGACUGUCAACUAUGUCAUGUCUUAUUUCCGCGCGGUUUGUUUUGAGCCGCGUUUAAAACCGAAACUGGAAACAUAGAAACCAAACAUUUAAAAUAUCUAGUAAAGCCAAAUAAGUCAUAGUUUCAAGUUGAUAUGAAAUGGUGUGGCUUGGUUAUCACAUAAAAGCAAAUAAUACAGCCAUUGUCGAAGAGGGAUAUCAAAGGUGAAAAGAAACAUUUUCUAGGUGAUAUUUGCUUUAUUCUAUGGUUUAAAUACUUCAUUACUUAGCUUCUUAACUACAUAGAUACAGUCAGUGGUAGCGUAGGAGAAGCUAUCUUUAACUGCACUGAAUUCUGUAUAGGGUAGGCAACUUGUAUAUCACAUUUGAGAUUCUAGUGGCAGGAACAGAACUUAGUGAUUGCCUAAAAAUAAUAUAUUUCAUUUCUCUCAGCUAAAUGACAUCUAGAAAAGUGGAUGCUGUUGCUUUAAUGGCCAUUUCUGUUUUCAGUCAAACCAAAGUUACACAAAAUUCUGCCUCUGGUUAUGGGAUACUUAUGUUAUACUCUAGAAAUGACACACACAAACGCUUUCAAAGGCUCACACGCACACACAGUCCUGUGUUUUCGGUCUGCCAGUUUUCCCGGUCCUUGUCUUGGUAGCUUUCAGAUGCAGAAAAACAGAUACUGUCAAAUAACUGACUGAGUCGUGUUGUAUUUUAACUGUCAGUGUGUGUGUCUGGAAACAUACUCUGCAUAUGUUGUUUUCAAGUGUUGUGCCAAGCCCAAAAAAAGUUGGCUGCUAGAGCUUAGCGCACUACUACAUAGAUAACCAAACACACGUUACACACACACACACACACUCAUGCCAGUUCCACUUCAAGAGGGUGCUGGGCCCAGGAACAAAGCUUCUCCCAUAUGUACUUUGACGGAGUCAGCAAGAAAAUGACUUGAAGACCACGUUCAUAAUAAUCUUAUCACACCAAAUAUAAAGGAA